ACCAGAACCAGAACCUGGACCAGAACCUGGACCAGAACCCAGCUGUGUGUCCUUAAAGAGCGACAUGUCAAAGGACGCCUUCUAUGAAUUUAAAUCAGACCAACGAUUACCUGCAAAAAGACUCUACCAGCAGAGCUCAGAGGUUCCCAGUGGUCCAUCUGCCCAGCAGCAUCAAACCGAGCUGGACUCCAUAUUCAUGCUGCUGGAGGAAAACAUUGUCACUUUUGUGAAGAAGGAGCUGAAGAAGAUCCAGAAGGUUCUGAGUCUGGAGGAAAGCUUAGAGUGUCAGUGGGAGGAUGAGGGUGAGGAUGAAGAGCAGAUCAAGAGCAGCAGAGAAGCUUUGGUGAAAAUCACCAUGAACUUCCUGAGGAGGAUGAAGCAGGAGGGAAUGGCUGACCGCCUGCAGAGCAGGACUGGAGCUGGAAACUGUCAACGCAAACUCAAGUCAAACUUGAAGAUGAAGUUCCAAUGUGUGUUUGAGGGAAUCGCUAAAGCAGGAAACCCAUCUCUUCUGAACCAGAUCUACACAGAGCUCUACAUCACAGAGGGAGGGACUGGAGAGGUCAAUGAUGAACAUGAGGUCAGACAGAUUGAAAGAACAUCCAGAAAACCACACAGACCAGAAACAACAAUCAGACAAGAAGACAUUUUAAAGCCAUCACCUGAAAGAGAUCAACCAAUCAGAGCAGUGAUGACAAAGGGAGUGGCUGGCAUUGGGAAAACAGUCUUAACCCAGAAGUUCACUCUGGACUGGGCUGAAGGCAAAGCCCACCAGAACAUCCAGUUCAUAUUUCCAUUCACCUUCAGAGAGCUGAAUGUGCUGAAAGAGAAACGGUUCAGCUUGGUGGAACUUGUUCAUCGCUUCUUCACUGAAACCAAAGAAAUCUGCAACUUUGAAGACUUCCAGGUUCUGUUUAUCUUGGAUGGUCUGGAUGAGAGUCGACUUCCUCUGGACUUCACCAACAAUGAGGUCCUGACUGAUGUUACAGAGUCCACCUCAGUGGAUGUUCUGCUGAUAAACCUCAUCAGGGGGAAUCUGCUUCCCUCUGCUCUCCUCUGGAUAACCACACGACCUGCAGCAGCCAAUCAGAUCCCUCCUCAGUGUGUUGACAGGAUUACAGAGGUCAGAGGGUUCACUGACCGUCAGAAAGAGGAGUAUUUUAGGAAGAGAUUCAGAGACGAGGAGAAGGCCAGCAAGAUCAUCUCCCACAUCAGGACAUCACGGAGUCUCCACAUCAUGUGCCACAUCCCAGUGUUCUGCUGGGUCGCUGCUGCAGUUCUGGAGGUGUUGGAAGUAGAAAAGAGAGGGGAGCUUCCCAAGACCCUAACUCAGAUGUACAUCUACUUUCUGGUGUUUCAGAUUAACAUGAGGAAGACCAAAUAUGAUAGAGCAUCUGUGGCAGAUCCACACUGGAGUCCAGAGAGCAGAAAAAUCAUUGUGUCCCUGGCAAAACUGGCUUUUUAUCAGCUUCAGAAAAGAAACGCUAUCUUCUAUGAAUCACACCUGCUAGAGUGUGGCAUCGAUGUCAGAGCAGCCUCAGUUUACUCAGGAGUGUUCACAGAGAUCUUUAAAGAGGAGACAGGGCUGCACCAGAAGAAGGUAUUCUGCUUUGUCCAUCUGAGUGUUCAGGAGUUUUUGGCGGCUCUUCACGUCCAUCUGACCUUCAUCAACUCUGGGAUCAACCUGAUGGAAGAACAGUCAACAUCCUGGAGAACUGAGACGAGAGAAGACGAGUCUGCAGAAACGGAUAUUUACAGGAGUGCUGUUGACAAGGCAUUGCAGAGUUCCGACGGGCACCUGGACUUGUUCCUGCGCUUCUUCAUGGGUCUUUCAGUACAGAACAACCAGAGACUUCUGGAAGGUUUGUUGAGACAAACCCCAUGCUGUUCCAAUACCAAUCAGGAAACUGUCCAGUAUGUCAAAAAGAAAAUCAGUGAGAAUCUACAAGCAGAAAAAAGCAUAAACCUUUUUCAUUGUCUGAACGAGCUGAACGACCGUUCCUUGAUGGAGGAGAUUCAGCGUUCACUGGAUUCAGGAAGUCUCUCCCCAGAACGACUGUCACCUGCCCAGUGGUCAGCUCUGGCUUUUAUCUUGACUUCAUCUGAACAAAGUCUUGAUACUUUUGACCUGAAAAAGUAUUCAGCCUCAGAGGAUACCUUCCUAAGAUUGCUGCCGGUGGUCAAACAAUCAAAGAAAGCUAUCCUGAGCCAUUGUAACCUCUCAGACAGAAGCUGUGAGACACUGUCAUCGGUUCUUGGCUCCUACUCAUCAAGCUUGACAGAGCUCAACCUGAGUAACAACAACUUGAAGGACUCGGGAGUUUUCCUCUUAUGUUCUGGACUGGAGAGUCAAGAUUGUGCCCUGGAAAUUCUGAGCCUGAGCUCUUGUAACCUGUCGGGAACCAGCUGCAAACAUCUGUCCUCUGUACUAUGGUCCCAGUCCUCUCGUCUGACUGACUUGGACCUCACUAACAAUGAUCUCAGCGACUCGGGGGUGAACCUCCUGUCUGCAGGCCUGGCAAGUCCACACUGCAAACUGCAGACUCUAAGCCUGUCAGGCUGUCUGAUCACAGAGGAAGGUUGUGCUUUUCUGGCCGCUGCUUUGAGCUCCAACCCGUCUCAUUUGAGGGACCUGGACCUGAGCUACAACCAUCCAGGAGAAGAUGGAGAGAAAUUGAUGACGGCUCGAUUAGAAGAUGGCCGUUCCAGACUGGAGACUCUCAGGAUGGAGCCUGCUGGAGUCCAAUACUUGAAACCAGGUUUAAGGAAGUAUUCCCGUCGGCUUGUUUUUGACCGGAACACGAUGCACAGAAACCUAAAGCUGUCUGAGGAUAACAGGAAGGUGACGCAUGAGGAGGAGGACCAGCUCUACUCGGAUCAUCCGGACAGGUUCGACUGGUGCCGCCAGCUGCUGUGCAGAGACGCUCUGUUUGGCCGCUGCUACUGGGAGGUGGAGCGGAAAGGAAGAGUUCAUGUUUCAGUGACUUACAGAGGAAUCGGCAGGAAGGGAGACAGCGACCUCUGUGAGUUGGGAUACAAUGAAAAGUCCUGGAGUCUCUUCUGCUCUGACGGCAUUUACUCCGUCUAUCACAACAACAAAGGAACAUCGGUUAGUCUCAACUCCAUCUCCUCCUCCUCCUCCUCCUUGGUCACCAGCAGAGUGGCCGUCUAUCUGGACCAUCCUGCUGGCCUGCUGUCCUUCUACAGAGUCUCCUCAGACUCGUUGAUCCACAUCCACACCUUCAGCACCAGCUUCUCUGAACCUCUGCAUCCUGGGUUUGGAGUCGGCUUCAGGCCGGGUUCCUCCGUGUCUCUCUGUUUGGUUUAGACCCGGAGAGACGCGUUCCAUCAGUCCUGCUGAAAAGCCUUCAUGCUUUUAGCAUCAUCAUCAUCAGUUUGAUCCAAACGUCUUGCUUUAUCAUUAUUGCUGUUACAGACAGAAACAUUCAGGUUUUCUCCUGUUUCAGAAAACUUUUUUUUUUUACCAUAAAAUAGUAAAAAAGUUUUUUGUUGUUUUCCAUAGAUUCUGUUCCUGUUUGCAUGAAAUUAGGAGCUUUUUAAUAGUUAUAUGAUGGUUUUAAGGUUUUGAAUUUAAUUAGUUUGGUUCCUGAUUGACCUUUUUUAUCUUAAUAGAUGGCGCCCCUGUGUUUGGCUGGCCGUCUCCCUCUGCUGAGAGUGUUAAUGUUUUUCCUGUAGCUGCUGUUUGUUGUGCGUAGUGUGUCACCACUGUUGGUGUAUGAUCGCCUGACACUUUUUAAUAUUUUUAAAUCUUUGGAAAAACCGCCAAUUUGCGGCUUUGCUGGACACUCAAAGAGGCUUCCGCCUUACCUGGAGUCUAUACCGCCGCAUCUGUGGCGUCCUUCCUGCUGGUUACCUUGCAACGGUUGCCGCAGAAAACGCGGAAAGCGAGGGGGAGUCCUGAGUAAACUGAAAAUGUUUCUGGCUGCCUCCCUCCAUGAACCCUGUCGUCUUCCAUCCAGACCAUCCACACACUACAGUGGCUACGAUCUACGGAGUUCCACGGAGUACAGAUAUCGGUGGCUCCGACCGGUCCUUUGGGACACCGGAGUGCUGUUUCCAUGCUGUCGGCCAGUGCGGAUCUCCCAGCGGGGCUGCGUGCCGGGAAAUGUCCGCUCGCGUUUAUCUUGAGAGACUUUUUUACAACACAUGAUCUGGAUUUCCUGCUGUUGACAGAGACCUGGGUGAAACCAGGUGAAAACAGCGCCUUCUCGGAGCUCCUCCCCCCCGGCUGUUUCUACGUCAGCACCCCGCGAGCUGCCGGUCGCGGGGUGUGGCCUGGCUGCUAACUUUAAGGAGAGCUUCAGAUGCAGGACGAUAACCACCAAAAAUUACUCCAGUUUGGAACUGCAGCUGUUUGUGAUCAACCUUACCUGCCCUGUGCUGUGUGCCACAGUUUAUCGCCCGCCCAAAUCUAAUAAGGACUUUCUUCAAGAGUUCUCAGAGUUUUUGUCUGAGUUUCCUCCAA